CCUUUGCGAGGAGUGGCGCAAUCUCUGUGAGAUCCCAGUUAAUGCUCUCGCUCUGGGAUCGCUGGCAGAGCAAGGGCAGAGGAACCAGCACAUAGCCUAGCUCAAGCUGAAUCGCGAGUACUUUUUCCCUCCUCCUCCUCCUCCUCCGCACCUCCUGCACCGGCUAAUGGAAGUUGCAGACAAACCCAUCAACAUCUGAGACCAAACCUGUGGUCAUCGCUCGCUCCCUGGGAAUACACCAUUUGCACCGGACACAUGGUGAGACGGAGCUGACCGCGGAGAAUAACUAUUUUUGAAAGCUUACCCAGUUGGAUUUUACCACAAGGAAGCCAGACAAGAUAAGGUUGAUUGUCGUCUGCGUAGAAUGACCGUAUUCUACAUUGAUUUUGCACUUGCAUUCAUUUUACAAUGCGUAAAAUGAAUCUGGUGGAGUUGCGUGGAUGGCUAUGUCUGUCAACACUGGCGAUAUGCAGCGACAGGUAAAGUGAACGGAUUUAUUUUAGGCGAACUGGACACGUUGUCUUCAAAGACAUUUGAGUUUGUUAAUCCGAGACCUGCAAUACCUGUUCCCUAAGCGCACGCUCUUCACACUGACCAGCCGAGACAGACAAUUGACAGAACUUGGCUAAAUGAAUUCGGUUUGAAGCUACAGGUUCACGGGAAUAAAGAAGCCUACAGUACGUCCAACCCAAGACUGUGUAGUAUAACCUCUCGUCUCGUCUCCACACCACAGCGAGCUACACUUCGCAUACGUCAAAUCUACCGUUUUUGCGGUUCAGCCAAGGACAACCUUUCCGAAAAAAAGUGUGCAUGUAACUGGACAAAAGAUUAUGUAUCCGAUAUCGGUCGCACAUGCUCCCGAUUGAAAAGCCACAGAACCCACGAGCCAAAACGUUGAAUUACCAAGCAGCCAUCCAGCCUCUUUGAAGAACUGUACCGCGAAAUGAUGAGAAUGGCUGGAGUCGGAUGUUGGAAAUAUUACCUUUGGAUUUGUAUUGUCAUAUGCAGGUUCAUGCUGCCAUUAGCCAAAUCCUUGGAAACAAUCAUUUGGAGCACACAGAAUUCCAAGUUCCAAGAUGCCAAGGGUCUGGUCAUUUACCCCGACAUCGGGGACAAGCUGGACAUCAUCUGCCCCAAGGCGGAGGACGGGCAGUCGUACGAGUUCUACAAGCUCUACCUGGUGAAGAAGGACCAGGCCGAGAGCUGCAGCACGGUGCUGGACCCCAACGUGCUGGUCAACUGCAACAAGCCCGAGAAGGACAUCAAGUUCACCAUCAAGUUCCAGGAGUUCAGCCCCAACUACAUGGGCCUGGAGUUCAAGAGGAACAACAACUACUACAUCACGUCCACGUCCAAUGGCUCUCUGGAAGGCCUGGAGAACCGCGAGGGAGGCGUGUGUAAGACCCGAGCCAUGAAGGUCAUCAUGAAGGUCGGACAAGACCCUAACGCCAUCCUGCCGGACCCAGUGAUGACGGAUCUCCCGGGAGUGGAGGCUCCAGACGGCGGCUACAGCCCGCCCAGCCGAGACCCAGACGCAGACAGACUGCCAGACACGGGCAACACGGACUCGGGUAACCCUAAGACCGGCGGUGGUGGAGGUGGUGGUGGUGGUGGCGGUGGUGGAGCUGGAGGUGGAGGCGGUGGCGGCAGCAUCGGCGGCGGCGGCAGCAGCAGCAGCAGCGGCGGCACCAGCGAGGGCUUCCUGGGCUCCAAGAUCGCCGUGUUCUCGGCCAUCGGCGCCGGCUGCGUCAUCUUCCUGGUGCUCAUCAUCUUCCUGGUGGUGCUGCUCAUCAAGGUGCGCAAGCGCGGCCGCAAGCCGCCCCAGCCGCGGCCCGCAGCCCUCACGCUCAGCACGCUGGCCAGCCCCAAGGGAGCGGGCGGCGUUGGCCUGGUCGGGGGCGCGGGGUCCGAGCCCUCCGACAUCAUCAUCCCGCUACGGACAGAGAACAACUACUGCCCGCACUACGAGAAGGUCAGCGGCGACUACGGACACCCCGUCUACAUCGUCCAGGAGAUGCCCCCUCAGAGCCCCGCCAACAUCUACUACAAGGUGUGAGGAAGAGAGAGCGCGUGUGGAGAGGGGAGGGGGGGUGGUACACACAGCGGUUUUGUCUGGGGGGGGUCCUUUAUGUGGAACAUUGAUGGACAGAAACAAAAUGGAGGACAGAAUGAAGGAGGGAAGAAAAGGAGAGAGAAAGAGACAUGCGUGCUGUUUUUGAAGUUAGCUCAAGGACCUCUGGUGAACCACACUCUCACUUUUCUGUUGUAGUUUCUUUGUUUGGUGUUGUUGUUGUUAUUGUUUUGUUUUUCUUUGUUUUUUUUCUUGCUAACAGCCUCGACCCUUCUUGACACUGCAAGGUUGAACAGAGGAACAGAAGUAGAAAGGGGGAUAAUUAGAAGAAAGAUGCACAGAAAGAAAGAGAGAGAGAUGAACCUCCAACUUUGAUUAUUUUUCAUGUCUCUUUUUCCACCCAAAAGUGUGGUGUUGUAGCCUCCUUUGCCCCCAUCCUCUGCGUGCGUAAUGUUUGGGGGUGCUGCCUGGUGGCUGGGUUGGGUGGGUAGCGGGGUUCAAGAGUUGGCUGGAGGAUUAGGAGGCCAGAUGUUAUUCCAUGAAGGGUCACCAGAGGUCUAGCACAUGCCAACCAAACCUCCUGGAAUUAAAAUGCAAACCGCUUCCUGGGUUGGGCUUUUUUUAAAAAAAAUAAAAAAACAAAGCAAAACAAAAACAAAAACAAAACAAAAACAAAACAAAAAAACACCACAAGGAACACGAAGUAGCCUCAACUCAACAUACUGAACAGGACGAAGAAGAGAGAAGAAGAAGUGAAGAGACACUGGCUUUUAAUCAAAUGAAGCCAUGGAGUCUUAGGCUGCCCCAUCCCAAAAUGGACCCUCUCGUUGCUCAGGUAACAGGGCGCAGCUAGAUGGCUGACUCUCAGCAUCUACACCCUCCUCACGCCUGCGAUGUGAUUGCCUUACUGUUUCUCAAGGUCUCACUCUUAUUUCCUCACAAAGUAUUAGUUUGAAGAAGAAGAAGAAGAAGAAAAAAAACGACAAAACAGUUGUAUUAGGUUAUUUUUUCUAAGUAUGCGAUAUCUAAUUGUGGACAUUUCACUUCUUUCUCUUCAUUUUGUACCAUCAUCAUCAUCACUCGUUGUUGUUCCUUGAAUGUUGUUUUUUUCUUUUUUUCAUGAUUGUUGUUCAAGGAGUUAUAUUUGUGAACGUUUCAACAAGACCCACACACACACACACACACACACACUCACACACUCACAGAGACAUAUGCACCCUCACACGUAGACAAAACCAUACAGGUCUUUUUGAGGUUUUCAGGUUU